AUGGCUCCACGCGUGCUUCGCGGCCUCGUCGUGCUGGCUGUUGCCUUCGGCUUUCUGGCUGGUCCUUCCUUUGUCUCUGGCCCUCGCCAGCCAAGUAUUCGUGUUCUUCGCCGCGCAGGAGACGCCGCGGCAGAGUCCGAAGAAGUCGAGGAGCGCCACCUGCCACUGCCGGAGGCAACCCACUUUGUGGAAGAAGAGGCCGCAGGUUGCAUCGAAGAAGGCUGCACUGUGGAAGACAUCAUGAGGAUCCAGAACAAGCUUGAAACCGAUGAAGGAAGAAUCAGGGAAGCUAUCGAGAUGCUCCAGGUUGCCCGCGACUCCUUUUCGGUGGAUUCUUCAUCGGGCAUCGGUCUUCUCCGGAUGUCGCUGAGCAGAAUCCACAGCCUAAACAACAAGCUCCAAGCCCUGAUCAGUUCGCAGGGCCAGCAGUUCGCCAAGGAGUUUGGGGCCUACCUCGCCUUCGGCCACGGAGACACUGGCGGCUUCUUGAGCCUGAACAAGGCACCCCAAGUGGCUUAA